UUGCAAUUUUCUUUAACUAUUAUUUACCUUAUUAAUCUAACUCUUGAUUAUCAGACCCCCUACAUCGAGAUCGAGUUCCGUGACGCACCGAAAAAACGCAUCAAGCGGAACCUGUCGCUGGACUGCGAGGAGAACGACAACGAGACCCGCUGCUGCCGGUACCCGCUGACGGUGGACUUUGAAAAGUUCGGCUGGGACUGGAUCAUCGCGCCGAAGCGGUACGAAGCUUCCUACUGCGCCGGCGAGUGCAUGCUGAGCUUCCUGCCCAAGUACGAGCACACCCACGUGAUGCAGCUCAGCACGUCGGCCAUCCCGUGCUGCUCGCCGAAAAAGAUGAGCCCCAUCAAGCUGCUGUACUUCGAUCUGAGCUACCGCGUGAUUUACUCGACCAUACCGAACAUGAUUGUGGAAAAGUGCAGUUGUUCCUAAAAGCAGUCGAAAAUUUGGAGAAAAAAAAUUUCUUUUCGGUUUAAAGAUAGCUAAAGAAAAAAGUGCAAGAAUCUAUGAGUCUGAUUUGGGAUCUUACAAUUCGAAUUACAAGAACUAAAUUAUGAACUUGCAAUUAAAAAUCGACGCAACGGGUGAUACGCGAAAUUCUCGAAACGGAACGGACAAUCUGAAAUUUUAGGCUUACUCGACUUAACAAAAAAAUAAAUGAGAAAAUUUAAACUAUUGGAUCGCUUCUAGGAUUUUGAUUUUGUGAUAACUGUUUCUACUAAAAAA